AUACAGCACGAUAGCGAAGCAGAGGCCUUCCAACGCCUCCUCCUUCCCUCGCCGCUCUCCCUUCCUUCCACUCUCAUCCCCUCCCCGUCGCCAUGGCCGUCUCCACCUCCACCACCACGCUCCCCCUCCUCUUCCUCCACCGCUCCACCGCAAGCCCGAACCCCACCGCGCUCUCCUUCGCCUCCCCCCUCCGCGCGUCCCCGCUGCGCUCCCGCGCCUCCGCCUCCGCCUCCGCCGCCCCGCCAGCCGAGACCCUCGCCGACGACCUACCCUCCGACACGCCCCCGGUUGGUGAGGGGUCGGGAAUUCCGAUGCCGUCGUCGAUUGGGGAGGAUGGGGAGGAGUUACUGUUUGGUGCUACUGCCGGGAAAGAAACUGUUUCAAGGGCACGUGCGCAGUCGCACUCGUCCUUCAGUGAUUCCUUCAAUGUAUCUCAAGAGAGGAUAGUGAUAACCAACAGUUCUGGAGAGAAACUCAUUGGUGUUUUGCACGAAGCUGGAUCUAAGGACAUUGUAGUGUUAUGCCAUGGGUUUAGGUCAUCAAAGGAAAGUAGAACCAUAAUGGGUCUUACUGAUGCAUUAACAUCAGAGAAGAUUAGUGUAUUUCAGUUUGAUUUUUCUGGCAAUGGAGAAAGUGAAGGUACAUUUCAGUAUGGCAACUACUAUAAAGAGGUGGAUGAUUUGCAUAAUGUAAUCCAGCAUUUUAAGGAACACAAGCGUGAUACUCGUGCUAUUGCUGGCCACAGUAAGGGAGGAGAUGUGGUCAUCAUCUAUGCGUCCAUGUAUCAAGAUGUAUCUCGUGUAAUCAACAUAUCGGGCAGAUUUGAUCUGAAACGUGGAAUUGCAGAUCGUCUUGGCGGUGACUAUAUGGAAAGGAUAAAUCAACAUGGUUUCAUUGACGUGGCACAGAAAACAGGACAGUUCAUGUACCGUGUAACCAAAGAAAGUCUGAUGGACCGUCUUAGCAUAGAUAUGCAAAGUGCAUGCAUGUCUAUUGACCCUAAUUGCAGGGUCCUGACAGUUCACGGUUCUGACGAUGAUGUUGUGCCAUCAGAGGAUGCUCUGGAAUUUCAUAAAUAUAUAGGCAACCACGAAGUGCAUAUUAUUGAAGGAGCUGAUCAUAGAUAUUCAUCUCAUCGGCUUGAGCUGGCUAACAUUGUAAUGAAAUUUGUUACAUCUGUCUGACAGAACGAUGUUGGAACAAAUGUAACCAUGACGAUGCAUGUUUGACCGAAUGUUUUUGUGAUUGCCCUAUCAAAUUUAGUUGAAGUGCGAAGUUUUCAUGCUUCUGGCACUAUUGACUGUAUUUCCAUCA